UGGAAGCCCAGUCCCCCAAUCCCAGAGAGAGUCGAAUUAGCAGAAGUCCCAAUUCCUGCCCCCCCACUCCCCCCCCCAAGAGGCUGCCUCUGCCUCCACCCUUCUGGGGCAGGAGAGGGCAUCUGUGCACUUCUGUAAAGGGAAGGGGGGUACGAACUAUAUCUUGGCGCUGGGCAGACCGGUACGGGCAUACCUGUAGCUCCUGAGGUCCCACUGGGUUUGAGGACAACUUUUCACUUUCUGGAAGAGAAGAUGUGCUGGAAAACGCUGCUGCUUCUGCUGUUGUGCUACAAUGCCCAGGCUACUGUGUCCCAUAGGUGGAGCAGGGCCGUGCUCUUCCCUGCUGCCCACCGGCCAAAGAGAUCCUCAUCGAUGCCCUUGAACCCCGUCCUGCAGAGCUCCCUGGAGGAGGUCGAACUGCUCUAUGAGUUCCUGCUAGCUGAACUUGACAUCAGCCCUGACCUGCAAAUCUCCAUCAAGGACGAGGAGCUCGCCUCCCUGAGGAAGGCCUCUGACUUCCGCACCAUCUGCAACGACGUGAUCCCCAAGCGCAUCCCGGACAUCCGCCGGCUGACUGCCAGCCUCUCCAGCCACCCCGGCAUCCUCAAGAAAGAGGACUUUGAAAGGACAGCGCUGACCCUGGCCUACACGGCCUACCGCACAGCCCUGUCCCAAGGGCAUCAGAAGGACAUCUGGGCCCAGUCCCUCCGUAGCCUCUUCCAGGCCCUGCGGCACGACCUGAUGCGGUCCUCGGGCCCCAGAGUGUCUCCCUGAGAGACUGGCCUGCACCAGGACCACGGAGCAGGGACCCAUGCACACAGUAAUCCAAAUACUCUUCACUCUCUACUCCAUUUACAGAGCCCAGCAACAAAGCCCAUGCCACCAACUCAGAGUAGCUGAGGUUAAAAUAAACACCGCCAUGUUCUUUGCCCCUUAUAGAUUCCUGACCAGCACGUCUGACUCGUGUCACAGUGCAACCUAUGCUGGAAGAAAGGGCUAGAGUGGGAAUUUGAGGUGCCUCCAAAGGCCCAGUGAUUUGCCUGGUGACAUGUAGAAGUCUCAGCCAUGCUCCAACACUGAGUGACCGCCUUGAACACCCAAGGCCAAGCACAGAGUUAGAGGAGACAGCACCGAGGUUUGGGCAUGGCGGGAAGACCAGGGACAGACAUCAGGCUGCGAGGUUGACUGAACAUCUUUCCAAAGGUGCUAUAGUAAGAGAUUAAAAACAACAACAA